AUGUCCAAACAAUACCUCCAAACGCAAACCCUCCCGCCCGAUCCUGCAGCGCCAUCCGCGGACAUCUUCUCCCUCGCUACAACACCGUCACACCUCCUCGUCGCGUCCGGCCACUCGAGCAUAAGAGUGCAUCGCAUACGCGGGCAGACCAUUCACGCCGACACCGCAGAAGAUGAACACCCAUACCCGCUCAUUCAAACGCUCGAGAAAGCACAUCCGUUGGGUGCCCACCAUAUCUGCGCCAGUCCCGAUGGCAAAGUAGCAGCAAGCGGCGGUUUCGGCGGCGAGGUCCGCGUAUGGCAGCUAAGUGUUGACGAGAGUAACGGCGAGGAGACAUGGACGAAGCGCGGCGACAUCCUCCCUCCCAAAACCAAGAAAGAACGCGAUGCCAGUGACUCUGGUGAAUCGUGGGCCCUCGCCCUCAGCGAGAACGGCCAAUACCUUGCAGCAUCCACCCACGAUGGCCGGCUCAAUGUCUACGACACCACUACCUUCUCCCCAUCCAACACCACGCCAGAGCGGAUAACGCAGUACGAGACCAAAGGCUCCUUCGCGCUCUCCGUAGACCUCUCACCCGACGGCUCUCUGACAGCAUCCGGUCACCAGAAUGGCAGCAUCUACAUCUUCUCCAAUACCACCCGUCGCCUCACACACUCUUUGCCGGGCCUCAUCAAACCGGUCCGCACGCUCAAGUUCUCGCCUCUCAACCGAUAUCUAGCGGCAGCCGGGGACGCACGCAUCAUCGCGCUCUACGACACGCAGUCUGGCGGACAGAUUGCCAACUUGAGCGGUCACGCAAGCUGGAUCAUGUCACUGGAUUGGAACUGGAGCGGGGAGUUCUUGGUCAGCGGCGGGUACGAUGGGAAGGUCAAGAUCUGGAGCGUGGAGAGAAGAGAGUGCGUGGCGACGCAGACGGAGAGUGAGAAGUGCUUGUGGGCUGUCAAGUGGUUGGUGAAGGGUGCGCAGGCGAGGAACGAGAGCUUCGUGACGGCCGGUGCUGGUGGUACCCUUGCGUUCUAUCGAGAGGCCAGUGGGACGUGA